AUGGCAGCCGGCAAGACCCCCAUGCGGCUGCCGCCGCUCAAGGUCCUCCGCGUCCGCAACCCGAACCAGAAGGAGACCAACCCCUGCCUCAACGUCAUGUCGUCCGUCCUGGCAUGCUGGGCCUCGGCAGGCUACAACACGGCCGGUUGCGCUGCCGUCGAGCAGGCGCUGCGCACCUGCAUGGACGGCCCCCAGCCGCCGCCCAAGCGCCGCAACACCAUCAACUACCAUCUUUCCCGCAUGCAGAAGCAGAUUGGCGGCCCGAGGAAACAGACGGGCUCGAAGGCAUAG